GUGCCAUCCCUAGGAGUUCUCUACGGGUUCCCCAGGCAAUAAACUCGCAAGACCAACGCUGCUCUGUCUGACAUCACUGGAAGUGGUGUGGAGCAAACCGGGACCAGCCAGCAUGUCGACCUCCUUGAGAGUGAGCCCAUCCGUCCACGGCUAUCGCUUCGACACUGCCCUGCGUAAGAAAGCAGUGGCCAACAUCUUUGAGAACCUGGAUCAAGAGACUCUGGAGAAGCUCUUUAAAAACUCGGGGGACAGGAAAGCAGAGGAAAGGGCUAAGAUCAUCUUGGCCACUGACCAAGAUCUGGAGGAGAAGGCAAGAUCGCUCAUGGCUCUGAAGCAGAGGACCCGAGAGAAACUCUUCCAGUUCCUGAAGUUCGGGAAACAUUCCAUCAAAGUCCACUGAGGAGCCACAGGAGCAAAGUUAUGAUGAAAGAGAGCACAGCUCUUCGGCCGGAGUCGUCAUUUUCACACAGAGCAUCUCCAGUGCCUGGCACGAGAUGGAGGAUGCUUGGACAUAUUGCUCAUGGGUGUUCAAUCCCCACCAAUUGUGUGCUUCCUCUGCAGACUCCAACUUGCACAAUCGAAAGAGAACCAAGGAAGCCUUCACCAAAUGAUGAAGGUGGCAGUUCCUGAGCCACAAGGAUGGAAAAGUGGAGGAGCAGACACUGCAACUUUUUCCAGCAGCAUGGGUGGACAAGAGACUCUGUGGUUUUCCCCUUGACUAAACUGUCUGCUGUCUGACAGUCUUGUUUACUGACUGUGUAAAGCCUUCCACGAGGUUCUUUCCUCUUGUUUGCUGGGAUCACAGGCGAUCAGAAAACCAUCAGUGUUUGUCCAUUUGCCUUUGCUAAAAAUGCACCAGGAGAAACGCAUCUUGUCUGCAUGUCAGAUAUUCCCCAAGAGAGAACUUUUUCCAGGACAAUGUGAAGCAAUCCUGUUUCUGUUCCAUUUCUUAAAAUGAGUUGCACAAACUUUUUUUUUUUUAAAUAAGUUACUUCCUGAAUGAAAUGAACCAUGAAAGUCUCUUUGAGACACCACGUUCAUUUUUUAAAAACUUUUUUCUGCCCUAAUGACAAUGCUGUAGUGAUCUUAACAAGUGAUAAGCUAUGCUGAUGAUGCUGUAGUAAUGGGCAUUAAUUUAUUGCAUAUGCUGCAUUGUGGAACAAAUAAAUUAUAAAGUUGAUAUAAA